CGCGGCACUGGGGACUGCGCCGCGCUCGCGCCGUUGCUAUGUACCGGCUGCUCCGGCCGCCGGUCCCGCUCGCCGCCGCCUUUGCCGCCGCCCCCCGCCUCGCCCGGGCUGGCGUCGCCCCGCCGCCGCCCCUCGGAGCGCUGCGAUGGGCCGCCGGCACCUCCGCCAAGGAUGCAGGUGGACCCCCCAAGAAGGCAGCCGUGGAUCCCAGUGGUGAAAACAAGAAACUCAACAAAUCCCAGCAACUGAAACAAGUUUUUAAAGAAUAUGGUGCUGUAGGCGUUUCAUUCCAUGUUGGAAUUUCAUUAGUAUCUCUAGGAAUCUUCUAUCUGGCUGUGUCAAGUGGUGUGGAUAUGACUGCAGUUCUCUACAAACUUGGUUUCAGUGAAUCAACGUUGCAAUCUAAAAUGGCUGCCGGUACAAGCACAUUUGUGUUGGCAUAUGCUAUUCACAAAGUGUUUGCUCCAGUACGAAUUAGCAUUACUAUAGUUUCUGUGCCAUUUAUUGUCCGAUACUGUCGGAAGAUUGGUUUCUUUAAACCUCCUGCCUCAAAUCCAUGAUGAUUUCUUAUUGGUUUUUACUUUGUCUUCUAAAUGCUCUGUGUCCAUGUAGCUUUCCAUAUAGCUAAAUUUCUUUAAAAGACUUAUUUGGAUUCAUGUUAAUGCUGACCUCCUCUUGUAUUUCUUACGUGCUCUUUCAGGUAAGCACUGUAAAAAGUGGUGUCCUUAUCUUCAUUCCCUUUUGCCACCACUUCCUUAGAAAAAACUGUUAAAAGGGUAUCUGGUUUCCACUGCAAGUGGCAAUAUAAAUGCUUGACAGGGAGGAGUCUCUUUAAAACACACAGUUCUGGGUUUUUAUAAUCUCACUUUUGGGGCCUUAAUUUUUUCCUUGUCAAAAGUGGCAGCAUUAGUUUAUUACCAUGCAGUUAGGAGUGAGGUUCUCUUCCUCUUAUUCUGUGGAAUGAACAGUAUCCUACUAUACGAAUUGUUCUUUUGCUAAGUGUAUAUAGUAGAAUCUAAGGUGACAGGUGGGCAUUUCUUUAGUUACAAAAGACAUAUUAUAACCCCAGUUUUGCAAUACAACACACAUGCUAAACUAACUUGAGUGGGAGUACCCAUGUUUUUGGUUAUUGCACAGUGGUAAUUGUUUGACCCAGACUAUGAUGGGUCAAACAGUGAUGCACUGUUCUGAAACUACAGCUCCUCUGUGGUGCUUCCAUGUUUCAAGAUUUCAUUGUUUGAAAAUGUGCUUUAUUUUUAGGCUAGGAACUGGCCCUUCUGAAGCCCUUUUUUAAUUUUUUGUUUUCAAUGACUGCACACUCAGAAGGAAUCCUGAGUCUACUGAAAUCAAUGUAACCAGAAUUACCUCCUAUGUGAACAUAUUCCAAAGAUCAUCAAGUCAGCAGCAAGGUACCCAUGUGGCUUUAAUGUACUGAGAUCUGGCUUUGUACUGGAGACACUUUUUUUUUUUUUUAAUCUGGAAACUAAUCCAAGCAACUUUCUGCUCCUGCAGAUGAAAUUCCCACCUCCAUCUGAAGUCCAGACAUUACAAUUCAUAGCUUCUCAAGAGCAAUUCUUGUGCUGUUGUCUGACAGACUGUUGAAUGUACCAAUUAGAGGUGCUUUUCCUUUCCUGAUUUGGACACUAUUCUUAUUAGAAUGUAGUUGCUUAUGUUUACAUACCACCUUUCAGUUAACUUAAAGACUGGAUUGCCAAAACUAGGCAGUCAGUGUAACAUUCCAUGGUAAACUUAGGACUGGGCUUGUAUGAGAUGCUCAAGCCAGACCUGUCAGUCUUUUGGACCCGUUCCUCCUUCCAGGUCUAGUUGGUUUACUUUGUCUCUUUCUGGGUUUGUGCUUACUCUUGCCGCAAGAUGGCUCAGACAGGUUCUGAUCAAAGUAAAAUAGUAGGAAACUAGACAAUCAAAGUAAACUUAUGUAGUGAAUUGAAAGGAAGGAAUCAUGGUCAGGAUGAGAUUUGGCUGAGGAACGGAAAGAGGAGCAACUAAUUUCUUUUUUUUGUCAUCAAUGUAUUAACUCCAUUCAUCCAUAAGAUUAAAUUGCACUCUAACUCUUUCCCAUUCCUGAAGUCCAACCCAUAGGCUGCUACCACUUGGUUAAUCAGCGAUUUUCUCCCAGACAGGAAAAACUGGAAGAGAUGCAGUUUACUUUCUCUGCCCUGUGGCAGCAAGCUGGUACUACAGACAGCCACCUGAAACAAACAAACAUUUUUGGCAAGGGCUUGGUCAGAGAUAAGCUGUGCUGUUAGCCCAAAUGAGGGUUCAGCAUCUUAAGAUGAAAAAGAGUUGCAGCAGUGAGCAUGCUAGAGCCUUGAUGUACAAUACAAACAUAGCAUGUAUGUAACGAUACACAACAUAGGAUGCGAUUUUGAGCAGUGUUUAACUUGGGAACAGAACAUACUUAAGAGUCCAGGCAUUGCAGCAUGUCUGCUUCCAUGAGACCUCUAAGCUUUGCCACUAAUAGAGCUUGUCAUGCACAGCUGCUUAGCUUAUCACAUGGCAAGCCAAUGCUCUGCUGCUUCACAUAUCCACCCUGCUGGUGAGUUCAUUUUGACUAACUGCUUAUUAAAAAUUGACUGGAUUUUUUUCCUAUUUCAAGCCCAUUUUGCAGUGUGGCUGCCAAAACUAGCAGCCCAUCCAGGGCACUAGCUUCAAGUUGGCAAUCAGGAUAUUAUAAAAUUAAGUCUUACUUGGGCUUUUCUUUCUUUCCGUGUUCACAGAAGCCUUUUAGGGUUUUUUACUAUAUGCCUUCUCUCUUUAUAUCAGUUUAGGGCAAUGUUCUGCUACCAAGGAUAACAAAAUUCCAGAAUAAUCACAAGGCAUCUUUGUUUUCUUCAUUUAAUCAGUCAUUUCUGAUAACUAUGUUUUCUCCUAAAGCUGCUAGGAAAGGAAUAUUCAAAGCUUUUCCUUUCUCAAAACAUUAAAAAACAAACAUUCUGUAAAGGAGGAAUUGUUUAAGACAAAUGCACCUAUGAGUCACCAGCACUAACUACAGAGACUUUCUUGCAGGAAAGAGCUUCAUUUAAAUUAUGACGAGAAUUUAGAUUACCUAUUAAAAAGAAAUAUGGUUGUAUAAACUACUGGCAAUUUGUUCAGAUGAAGUUUUUUUGCAAAGUAUAUUUUAAAGUAACUUGAGAAUGUAUUUUGAAUUCUAGAAUCCUUGCUUGUAAAAGGAUGGGGUUUUGAAAUGUUUUGUAAAAUAGUGAAGAUGACCUUAGUCUUAUAAUGAAAAUACAAUAAAUUGUUUUAUCUUAA